GCCUCAUCAGUUACAAGUAGAAGCUGUUUUCCUCUCGUCACUCUCAACUCCACAUGUUACUACACGCAGCACACUUCCUAUUUAUAGAUAUAGCUGUACCGCCAUGACUGAGGAUCAGCUUUGUCAACUUGGAGCUGCGGCUGAUUUUGUACUUUUGCUUCAUGUUUAUCCCAGAGCAUUUAGUAUAAACUUGACUGAUGAUAUUGAUGAUUCAUAUCCAUUUGUGUAUUACACAGAGAUGCCUGGAAUUUUGGAGAAUUGCAGCAUCUUGUUGACAGAAACCAGAAGGAAACGAUGUCGAUCACACUCAACAAUGGCUUCAAGAUGCCCAUCAUUGGGCUGGGAACGUGGCAGAUGGGAGGGAAAGAGAUUAAGGGUCUGAUCAUGAACGCUAUCAAGAUCGGUUACCGCCAUUUUGACUGUGCUGGUACUGAUUAUAAGAACGAGGCUGAAAUUGGGGAAGCACUUGCCGAAGCUUUCAAGACCGGUCUUGUGAAAAGGGAGGAGCUUUUCAUCACUACUAAGCUCUGGAAUUCAGAUCAUGGACAUGUUCUUGAGGCUUGCAAAGACAGCCUGAAGAAGCUUCGGCUCGAUUAUCUGGAUCUCUACCUUGUUCACUUCCCGGUCGCCACCAAGCAUACUGGAGUUGGCACAACAUCUAGUGCAGUGGAUGACAAAGGCGUUCUGGAAAUCGACACAACCAUAUCGCUGGAAGCUACUUGGCAUAACAUGGAAGACCUUGUCUCUAAGGGUUUAGCCCGAAGCAUCGGUAUAAGCAACUACGAUAUCUUUCUGACCAGAGAUUGCCUAGCCUAUUCAAAAAUCAAGCCUGCAGUGAAUCAAUUUGAGAUCCAUCCAUAUUUCCAGCGCGAGUCUCUCGUGAAAUUCUGUCAGAAGCAUGGCGUCGCAGUGACAGCUCACAGCCCUCUGGGUGGUUCUGCAGCUAACAUAGAAUGGUUCAAUUCAAUCUCGUGCUUGGAUGAUGCUGUUCUCAAUGAUUUGGCUGAGAAGUAUAAUAAAACACCUGCCCAAAUUGCACUAAGGUGGGCGAUCCAGAGAGACACAGUCGUCAUUCCCAAGUCUUCGAAGGUUGAGAGACUGAAGGAGAAUUUCGAAGUUUCCGACUUUGAGCUGACCAAAGAGGAUAGGGAGUUGAUCAAGGGUAUAGACAGAAAAUAUCGUAUGGAUCUGCCCGCCAAGAGCUGGGGAAUCGAUCUCUAUGCUUAGAUAGGUAUCUUAU